CUAUAUUUCUCGCUGUUCCCGGUUCACUAUCUACUAUCUGUUUGUCAUCGCCAAUUACAUGCUACACUCACGAGCUAUACAGCAGUUAUUCCCAGCUGCACGCCCGGGAAAACGAACACGCAAUAUCUUGCAUUGCCUGCUGCGUGUAAAGAUUCAAUGUACAAUUUGGAUUUGCUUUUUCGCAAGCAAAGACUUGUGAUAUAGAGGAGGGGUAUAUAGAACAUAUGUAAAUUUUAUGUUUUUACGUGCGGGUACUUUGUUUGUUGUUGUGUUAUUUUUACAUGAAAUUGUGCCGGAAGUCGAAACAGGCAUACAGAUGCAUUUCCGGUUGAAGGCCGGUAAAUGACACGGAUCGAGGCUUACAGAGAUGUCAAUAUGGACGUUACUCUGUCUCGUAAUGUGGCACAUGUUUAGAUUCGUGGAUGCAGAUUGCAUUUCAAGUCCAUGUCAAAAUAACGGCACAUGCGUACCUGCGUCCUUCCGGUGCGAAUGUCCACUGGAAUAUUCAGGAAAGUUUUGCGACAUCGAAUGUCCCCCUAGAGAAUCCACAAAGUCUUAUGAAGGAUUUACAACCGGGUUUUUGUCCGGAGCGGGCGCCAUGUUGUUUUUGUUUGCAUCUGUCUGCGGCACCGUGUGUCUUACCAGGAAAUAUGAAGAACACAGGCAGCUCAGACGUUUGAAGAAACGACAGAGGACAGUGCAGAUUUUGUCAAAGGACAACUUUUGAUGAUAUCUGAUAUCUAACAGAUGUUGGACAUGGGUCCGAUAUGUGGUACACCUUUAGACAAAAGAUUAUUUUCGAACUCGGCUCAGGAUAUCUUAGGGGAAAAUUGUUGAUGAACUAAAGCAUUGUCCGAAAAUACAACACAGGACUCACAGAUUCAUCUGUAGAAUUAUUUUGGUAACAUACUCUAUAUGAAAACGUUGACUGUACGAGAAAUUAUUAUAACGUAGACAGGUAAUAAGAGUGAAUUACAAAACCUUCUUCCGUAAAGACACAUAAAUAUUUUUUAACAAUACACAACUUAAUUAUGACCAUGAUGAUAUGAAGCUAUGAUUUUUGAUGUUUAUUGUAGCUGUUUUCAUUCAUCGUUAAGAAAUGGAACUCUCAUUUUCAAAUAAAGAAAAAUUAGACACAUCACCAA